AUGGAUUUAGGGGGUGACAAUUUAGAUAUUAGUAAGCUAGUAAAUGUUAAGGGUAAUGUAGAUAAUAUUACUCCCCAUAAAAUAGCAGUGGUAGCUUUUAUAAGAGAAUAUGGCUUAUUGAAAAUUGAAGCAAAGAAUAUGAUAGACUGCACUAUGGCUCCUAAGUACAGAAAAGAUUUUUGUAUUCUUGCGCUUAAGUUAAUCCAGUGCCCGGACAUGGAAUUUAAAGACUUAGAGACGCUUUUAACAGAUGGACGGUGCAGUGUUUUAGGUUUCUACUUGAGGCGUAUAAUGUUGCAUUUGGAUAAACUUACUUUUGUUCAAAUUGUGUCUCUUUACAAGUCAUUUUGUCAAUAUUAUCAAAAAGGUAGACCUGGUUUAAUGAUGCGAUCAGUAAGCAAAGAGAAACUUAACAAUAUGGAACCAGCGUUUGUAGCUUCAUCUUCAGUGUCACCUGUGCUGCCUGAAGAAUGGAAAGCUCAAGAAGUUUUUAUGAGAAUGAAUGUAAUGGAAAGAGAAAACAGUCUUGAAGAAUGUCAAUGGUCAAGAAAGCAAGCAGAGUUAUUUACUGCUCAACAAGCAAAUUUAUUACAAAUUAAUGAAAAAAAAGCGUUUCCACCUAGACAACUUCAGAGAACUAUUAUGCAAAUCAUGAAGGAUAUACCAGAUUAUUCAGAUAUUCAUUUCUUAAGUUUUUUGAAUUGUAUUAGAAUGAAGGAGUUUUGUGGUGCUCAAGAUUCACUGUACAAUUGUUUUGAUAGAACAGUGUUUAAGUAUUUGUGGAAGUACAAU